AUGCACAAACUGAUUCACCACCCUGCCAUUGCCAUUAGCAACGAACGAAUUCACAGUAUCAUCAAACGGCUUUCAAGUUUGGAAGACUCGCUCGCCGAUGUCACCUCGUUAGCUGCAGCAUCCAAAUCGAGCCCAUGCAGUCGCGGCAUUGCUCCCGCGAAUGAGGCCUCGAAGCCUAUCUCUAGCUUAUCAUCUAACUCUAGUACUACAUUGGCGCACAACAAGACAGGGUAUCCAUUAUGCAAUGACGAGGCCUCUCUCCAUAGGACCACGCAUCUGCACUAUACAAAUGGUGCCUUACCCAGCGACAACGACUUGAGCUCACUGGCGAUAGAGGGUUUGGAACCUACCUCUCUAUACCCGCCAUGCUUGGAAGCUCGAUCUUUCCUUCUGGAUCAACUGAGAGACAACGGACCUUCCGGCACUAGCCGGCGUAUUGUUCUCGAGUCUGCUCUUUCCUUCGUCGAGCGAAUGCCCAAUCGGGAAUCCGUUGCUAGAGGUCAAACCCCACAGGACCCCGAUACGCGAGUGAGUGUCGCUAGUUUGUUUGAAGAGCCUCCUAUUACGGUUGACCUUUUAUACACCAUGCUUAACGACGAUGCUAAGGCCUCACAAAGAGCCUAUCUCUAUGAAUACACUUUCUGUAUCCGCCCUCUCACACUGCAGAAGAUGGCCUUUGCGCUUCUCGAGAAAGAUGGAAAUGAACAGACCUUGCUUCAGUACACUGUGUGUGUGCACUGUAAAGCUUAUUGCUACAUCGCAUCUCUUCCACUUUCCACUCAGAGUCUACAAAUGCAAAGACAUCUACGGCAGAAAGCUCAGAGGCAUAUGGAUAGCGCAAUAGCUGCACUAGACUGCCUUAGUCUCAGUCUCAAACCAAGUCUGCUAUUUAUGCAGACGCUACUCGCUGGUGGCAUUUUAUCCCAAUACCAAGGGGACACGGCCAAAUGUUGGACCCUGAUCGCUCAUGCCUCAACUAUUUGCAAGGCACUUGGCUGGCACGAUCCCACUAGCUUCACAUUCGAUCCGCAGAAUGAGGCUGAGUCGGAAAUUUUUGCAGCCGUGCACCAAUGUUACGUGCUUGAUAAGUCUAUCUCCAUGAAACACAAUAGACCUGUUUCUCUGCCGGGUUUAGGCUAUCUAUCUAGUUUAUCGGAAACUCGUUUCGUUGGAGGGCCUUUCUCAGUCGUCAUCAAGGCUAGUCUACUUCACGCACAGAUCCAGGACAAAAUCAUCCAACAAUUGCAGUCAAAUUCUCACCUUAGCGAAACUGAUCGCGUUGCGAUUGUCACAUCACUUUCAGAGGAAUUAAGUGUUUUGAGGUCUGAAUAUGACCAGGUCAGAUCUCAGCCGGGCAAUGCUGGCGAUCGUUACCUUCAUCAACAAUUUAUUGCUUUGGAUUUUACACAUUACUCUCUACUGACCGUGAUUUGCCGAUAUGACCCUUCCAUCAACACGGCUGCCGAGUCACGAGAGAAGUGUUUGUUGUACGCGCGUGAGGCCCUUCUUUCCGUAAAAUGGCUACGAAACCGACGAGAAGGAUCUGAUCAAGGCUCGGAAUUCUGUUCUGUAUUCAUUACGUGGAGCAUGCUGAUGUUCCCACUGAGCCCUUACUACAUCAUCUUUUGUAAUGUUGUCGCGACAUCGCACAGGCAGGACUUCCAGCUCUUGUCGGACAUUGUGGAGAUUCUGGCAGGGGUCCCUGACAUUAACUCCUCUAUCUGCCAGUUGCACAACCUAUGCUCCAUGCUUGUAAAUUUAUGCAAGUCAUUGAUGAACUCUAGGGAUGGAACCAAGGGUGUCCCACCAGUGCUAACUCAAACACCUAUCACUAAUAGUGACAUGUCUAUUGGGCUGAACUCCUUCAAUACGGCCGGCUCAGAAAUAGAGGCCCCGAGCGGUCAUCAGCAUUUGCCGAUAUUUGGUCGGGGUAUGGAUUGGUCCUCUCCCCAUUCUGUCGCGAGGAAAGAGGAAUCAUGCCCGACGGCCCCCGCCCCCAUCAGCGGAGAGAACAUUCCCACCUGGAACGAAGACAUUCUAUGGCAGCUGUUUGACAUGCAGCCCUCCUUGGAAUGUUUGGAGAGGGAUACACUUCCAGCAAUGAGUGACUUGACAUGA